CAGUACACAGCUUGAUGUUGUGUGUAUAUCCCGAAUAUGUUCUGCUUGUUUGUGGUAAUCAUAUACUGCUCAUUAUUCCAAACACUGUCUUGUUUACGUCACUUUCCCUCUUAUUCUCUUUCCCCCAUUUACUUACAUUGUAUGGGGGUUUGGUGGGGUGCUGUAAGGUGUUGUAUAUCCUGUUACAAUAACCUGAGCCUCGCCAAAAGCAUUUAAAAGUACAUGUCUCGACAUAAUGUGCAAAAAUGAAAUAAACUUCAAUCAAUCAAUCGAUUGUAAUCUUCCGUCGAUUUGGGCCUCCAGACGCUAGAUGGCUACGAUCACAGUCACGUGGUUGGUGAGGUGUUUUGUUUUGGCACGUGACCGGAAGAGUAUCGUUGUAACUUUGGUCAUUCCAGGAAGUCGGAGACUCGUAUAGGUUUGACAUGUAACUGCUCGAUGAACACACCUGCACCAGGCGCUAUAAUAUUCGCUUACAGUUAAGUGAGACACCAAUCCCGUUAACGUUUACUCAAAGCACAUUAGCACCGCCGUUUGAGCUAGUUUUAUGCCAUGGUUAAAAAGUUGCUGGUUGUUUGCUAACGAGUCAUGCUAGCUAGCUGGUAGGCUAAGUUCAGCUCGCCGUCGCCUCUGCUGCCGCCUCUCAGUCUCAGCACAUCUCUCUCUCUGUCUCAGGGUCACGGCUGAUACUGACACAAGACGCUCAUCACCUAAAGAUUCUUCUUCUUUUAAAUCAAUGACACAAUUACAGUUGUGUGGAUUAAUCACUAAAACAAACUCCUUUCUUCUAAACCGCCUGGAGAACCGCGGUCCAUGCUCGUCCCAAUACAAUGACUUCACAUGCCCGGAGUGAGCAUUGCUUGUAAAGCCUCUGUCCGUUGUCAUCGAGGAUCCCCUGCCACUUCUCCUUCUCACCAUGCUAGAGGGACUUGUUGCCUGGGUACUUAACACAUACCUGGGCAGAUAUGUCAGCAACCUUAACACUGAUCAGCUCUCUGUUGCUCUUCUCAAAGGAGCCGUCGAGCUCGAGAAUCUUCCUUUAAGGAAGGAUGCACUCCGAGAGUUUGAUCUACCCUUUGAGGUCAAAGCAGGCUUCAUUGGGAAGAUUGUGCUUCAGAUCCCCUUCUAUCGCCCUCAUAGUGAUCCAUGGGUCAUCUCCAUGUCUCAGCUGAACCUGAUUAUUGGUCCAGCACAUCCCCAGGAAUACGAUGAAGAGCGAGAAAGGGAAGCAGAGCGGGAGCAGAAGAAACAGCUGCUCAAAGCUUUAGAGGACAGAUGGAAGAGUGAAAGCGAGCAGAAGGGUGAGUCAUACUGGUACUCAGCCACUGCAUCUGUGGUCACCAGGAUAGUGGAGAAUAUUGAGCUGAAGAUUCAAGGUGUGCACUUAAGGUUUGAGGAUGACUUCUCUAACCCAGAAAAGCCCUUUGCCUUUGGAGUAUGUAUUAAGAAUGUAUCAGCACUGAACUCCUCUAAAGAACCGACUCAGAAGCUCAUGCGGCAGAAGCAGCUGGAGAUUGAGGAGUUCAGUGUGUACUGGGACACGCAGUGCACCAUGCUCGGGGAUCUUCCUCUGGCUGAAAUACAGGAAAACAUGACCAUGUGCAUGCAAAGCAGGGAGCAUCAGUACAUAUUUGAGCCUGUGUGUGCGUCCGUACUGCUGAGGAGAAAUGCCUCAAAAGAACCGCUACGAUCCCGCCACACGCCUCGCAUCGAGGGCCAGGUGCAGCUGGAACCCCUCUCACUGCACCUUUCUCAGGUUCAGUAUCAGCAGAUAAUGGCUUUUCUCAAGGAGCUUGACAGGCGAGAAAGGGAGAUACUUUUCCGCAAGUGGAGACCCAAAGUUUCUGUCUCAGAAAACUGCCGGCAGUGGUGGAUGUUUGCCAUCAGUGCUAACCUGGAAGAGAUCCGAGAGAAGCAGAGGCGGAGUAACUGGGACUUUGCACUUCAGCGAGCCCGCGAUGCCCAGCUCUACACAAAACUGUAUGGACAGAGGCUUAAGCUAGUUACUCUGAGUCAACAGGAGGAGAGUGAGCUUGAAAGGAUUGAGGAUGAACAGACCCUGGAGGAGUUGCAGAUUCUCCGGGAAAUUGUUCAUGAAUCCUUUCGAAAGCAGGAGGAAAUUGCAGAGUGUUCACGAGAGACCAUUUCAGACCCAACUGCUUCUUCACCUUCUGGUGCCAUUCCAAGAAGUGGCAGUUCUGGUAUGAUUCAGUAUCUGCAGUCUUGGUUUCCAGGUUGGGGUGGUUGGUAUGGAGGUGCUGAGAGAGGGCCCGAUGGCCAGCCAGUGACUGAUGAGCUCAUGCCAGGAAGUAGCCAAUGGGAUAUCUUGGCUGAAACAGAUGACCUCUUUGACCCGUUGGAAGACUCUCAAACGUUAAAUACUUUUACUCGGAGGGAUCACCUGUUUGCACGUCUGGAUUUCUCUUUAGAGAAAGCAACUGUCACUCUUUUCCAGGAAGACAAGUUGAAUCGUUUAUCCAAUGAGAGUGGUGUUAUUCAGUUGGAGUUUUCAGGAGUGAAGAUUGGUGUUGAGUCUCUGCCCCGCUCAGAGUCAUCUUUACUUUCUGUAAAGCUUGGGGGGCUUUUUCUCAGAGACCUCACCACCCAGGGAUCUAUUUUCCCUUUCUUAGUCUCAUCAAAAAACAAAAUUGCUCUCACUUUCAGUCAGCCAUUUGGACAGAGUAGUAGCACAGACAAAAGCAGCACCGGCCCUGACAUGGAAUCUUCUGCAUCACCUGUCUUUGAGAUGAUCUACGAGCGUAACCCAAUAACGAGCAGGUUUGAGAGGAGGCUAGAGGUCAAUACCAGCCCUCUCAAUAUCAUCUACAAUCCCCAAGCUAUCAAGAAAGUGGCUGACUUUUUCUACAAGGGAAGAGUUCAUACAUCGGGCUUUGGAUAUCAGUCAGAGUUAGAGUUGAGGGUGGCUGAUGCAGUAAGGAAACAAUACAACAAGCUCAAAAUACAAACCAAAGCUGAAAUCAGGCAGACCAUAGACCAGCUGCUAGUUGGAGAGUUCAUAGAGAAUAGUAAGCGAUGGACAAUGAAAUUGGAUAUAUGUGCACCUCAGGUUAUCUUUCCUGAAGAUUUUCAAUCCAAAGACCCCAUGCUGGUGGUCGUUGAUCUUGGUCGUAUCCUUCUUACCAAUUCCCAAGAGGAUCUGAAAACAAAGUCCAAAGACUCUCAGUCAAAAGGAGAUGAGUUUAGUGAUGAGGAAUACCAAACUCCACCAGCAACACCUCCUGGGUCUCCACCUUCUGAACCAGAGACGGAGUAUAAAGGGCAGGAGAAGUCCUCUGACCUCUCUAGCCUUAAAUCAACGGAGGGAGCUCAGUCCUUUGGCAAGAUUCUAUACGAGAAGUAUUCCUUAUCAUUUAAUGACUUACAAAUCAUGGUUGGUCGCCACAAAGACAACUGGACCCAUCUACAGGAGAAUGAAGUGGGGCCCACUCAUGUAGUAGAGAAAUUCAAUGUGCUUUUACAGCUGGAGCAGAGGCUGCGUUAUACCUCAAAUCCUCAGCUUCCUGGUGCAGUUCUUUCAGGUACCUUACCAGACCUCAAAAUACACAUCAACCUGGAGAAGUUGACUGCACUAAGAAGCUGCCUGGCUAGACUGGGUAGUCCAAGUACAGAUGAGGCCAAUACGGGAGAGACCAUCAAGUCACCUGAACCUUUACCGCUCCGACAUGAAAAGAUUUUUGAGAGAGAGGACAGUCAAUGGAAGCUCCAGGAGUCUGACAAAAAUCUCACCAAGAGUGUGAUGACUCUAGAACAACACACACGUGAGGUGCUUGUUGAGUCUAGACUACUCCUUGCAGAAUUCAACAUCAACUACAUGCAGCUUGGUGUUGAAAGUGAAGGGCAGUAUAUAUCUGUCCUCAAGGUGUUUGGCACAAAUGCUCAUUUUGUGAAACGGCCUUACGAUGCUGAGGUUUCCCUCACAGUCCAUGGACUUCUCCUGGUGGAUACAUUGCAGACGUAUGGGUCUGAUUUUGAUCUGCUUGUGGCAUCCCAUAAGCACCUCAGUUUUGAUGUGCCCACUGGUAGUAUAAGGGAGAGCCAGCCUACAUCACCAGUAUCACAAGAUGGGAAGUCUCCUGAGACCUCAGACUUGGGUGUGCCUUUUGAGAAAAUAUCUUCAUUCAGUUCAUUUCUUAAAGAUCAGGAGGCUCUUAUUAAACUGGAGUACCAGUUUGUCAGCUCAGACUGUCCAUCAAUGAAUUUGGAAAGCUCCCUACAGGUUACUAGCAUGCAGGUUAACAAUUUGGAUAUUAUUCUCAACCCUGAAACCAUUGUCAAGCUACUCAGAUUUCUUCAGCAAUCCUUUCCUAAAGAAGAAAGCACAUGGACUCCUUCAACACAGCAGAUGCCAUCACUGCCCAAUGAUCAGGACCAAGAGGAAAACUAUCAGUCUACUUAUGAUCAGAAUAAGGAGUUAACUGUGGAGAUCCAUAGGUUAAAUCUGCUGCUUUUGCGAACUGUUUCAAGUGGAACUGCCUUAGGCAGUGAAAAGAGGGGCAUGAAAAUUGCCACAGCCAGUAUAAAUGGGACGAAAGUCAAUGUGUCAAUGGGAAGUCGACUGGAUGUCAAUGGCUCACUAGGAUGUAUUCAGCUUGUAGAUUUGACUCAAGAAGGUGGAAGAGGUCAAUUUGUGGUCAGUAUUGGAAAUGUAGAAGAUAGUACCUCUGUAGAUGCUGUAUUCCCUAGUUCCGCAUUAAUGCCAAUUUCUGAGGCUUUAAAUUUCCACUUUUUGGAAAGGUCUCAAGGAGAAUGCUCUCUAGAGCUUCAUAUGGCAUCCCUGCACUACAAUCACUCAGCUAAGUUCUUGAAAGAGCUCAGUCUUUCUGCCAAUGAGGUAGAAGACAACUUUCGCUCCAUGCUAAAGACUGCUGCCACGAAAGUUUCAAAUGUCCUGGCUACCAAAACAGCAGAAUACAGUUAUAUGGUGUCACUCUUUGAUACCCCAUCCAGGAGAGGCAGAUCUCACAGUCAGUGCAAUUGGCCACUGGAAUCCUUUGAAGACCAUAAUGAUCCCGCUGAUCUUGAGACAGAACCAAGUGUGGACUCCUUUCUGGUCAAGCUUAUACUAAACGUCAGUAUAGAAUCUCCCGUUGUGUUCAUUCCUCGGAAACCUGGUCACCCAGAGCUUCUUGUUGGUCAUCUUGGAAGCAUUGCAAUUCAGAACUUUAUUGCAGGGCAAGACUCUGAGCGGGAGAAAUUGCAAGUUAAGGUUAAGGAUAUAAGGCUGUAUUCUGUCAACACAAGUCACCUAUUCCUGAGGAAAGGGCCCAACUCCCUUCAGUCUCCCUCUCAUAAGACUGUGUUCAACCUAGAUGAGCCACAAUUUACUCGCCAUGAUUUCUUUGAAUAUCUAAGUCGUGGAAAAGCCUUUCACAUUCUUAAAGACACCACCAUCCAAUUUACACUUGAGAAAGUUUCUGCUGUUGAAGACACACAGUUCUCCUUUCAGUCAUUUGAGGGAUCUUACCACAGUACAGGAUUACUUAGAGUUGAGGGCAAAUUUGUAAAUGCUGUUCAGGUUUUUCUUUGUAAACCUGUGUAUGAGCAGCUCCUCCAGACUCUAGAUAAUCUAUCUUUAAUCGAGGAUGAGAAACCAAUUUCUCGUCAACCUCCAACUCCGCCACCCCCUACACCAUCUUCUACCAAACCAUAUCGCUUCCCUGAUCCGCAGGGUGGGUUGUUCCCCCGAGAUCCUUCUCUCGACGUUUCUUACUCUUCAAUAUCAUCCUUCCUCUCAACCCCUCUUCCUCUCCAGAAUCACAGCUCUUCUGUCGAGCUUCCCUCUUUCACCCAGGUCAGAGCCACUUUCAAGAUGUCUGAGCUCCAGGUGCAGCUGAGUGCGGAUCUUAGCCAAGGAUCUCAGGACCUGGUUAGUCUGCGUUUCCAGGACCUGGAAGGAGAUUUCACUAAAGACCAUCCUCACACUCUGUCAAUCCAACUGGCUCUGCACUCUCUGCUAAUGGAAGACCUUUUGGACCAAAAUCCUGAAUCAAAGCAUAAGCACCUCAUGGUUUCCAGAGGAGCCCCCAAACCGUCUACCUUCAACCCUAAAGAAUACCUUUCUCAAUCCUGCCCGACAACAUCUAGUGCUGUAUUUCCAGAAAUGCCGCGCUCACUGCCAGCUCAAAUGGAAGAAGCACAGAACGUUUUCCAGUUUUACCAGAGGCACCCCAGUACUUCUGCAUCCAGCCGGAAAAGUAAGAAGGACUCAGAAUGCCCCAGCACCCCUCCUCCAUCGCCUUCUCGCCAUACACCAUCCCCUCACCCUCUGCCAGACUUGGAUGACUCGUUGGUCCACAUCAAUGUGCUUCUGGUGGAUAGACGGCAUCCUGAAUUUCAGACACGCUACGGCAGCAUCGGUCGUAGUGUAGAUGUAGACUUCAACUGUCUAGAUGUUCUCAUCACACUGCAAACCUGGGUUGUCAUUCUAGACUUCUUCGGCAUCGGUUCGACUGCCAACAACCAUGCCAUGAAAGUGCCUAGUGCUUCUCCUCAAUCCAUGUCUGGACAGCCUCAUUCUAACACCGCUUUUGCUGAUUUAACAGAUGUGCUUUCUGAAAUAAAUGAAGAAGAAUCAGAGGAGAAGGUCAACACUAAGUUGGACCUGAAGGUUCAUUCUUUGUCUCUAGUGUUGAAUAAAAAGACCAACGAACUAGCUAAGGCUAGUGUGUCAAAAUUGUUUACACACUUAGAAAUGAUUGAGGGAGACCUUGCCUUGCAAGGAAGUCUGGGUAGCCUGUCACUAAGUGACCUGACCCCACAUGGAGAUCUGUACAGGGAACGCUUCACAACACGGGGUGGAGAGGCACUUAUUUUCAACAUACUCAAGUAUGGAGAACCUGACCCUUUCCUGGUACGGGAGUGUGAUAUGAAGGUGUCUCUGCAGAUGGCUUCAGUGCAGUAUGUACACACACAGCGUUUCCAAACUGAGGUGGUGGCUUUCAUCCAGCACUUCACCCAGUUACAGGACGUUCUAGGCAGGCAGAGAGCGGCCGUGGAGGGUCAGGCGGUGCGUGAGCAUCCACAGCGAGCCUCACGUGUGCUCUUGGACAUUGAGGCAGGGGCUCCUGUCCUCCUGAUUCCAGAAAGUUCCCACUCAAAGCGCCUCAUAGUGGCUAACUUGGGCCAGCUCAAAGUGCGCAACAGCUUCCUGCUUGCAGGCACCCAUGGCACUUUUUCUCUCAAAGACAAGGAUCGUGUGAAGAAUGCUCAGCCUACUUCUGGGAAAGUGAGUGAAGAGGUGUCCGCAGACAGAGUCAAAGCCUCCAGUACCACCGCUUCUGGCUUUACAUUAGGCAAGCCUCAGCCAGCCAUGGGACACAGCUCUGAUGCAGAUACACUUCUAAGUCCAGAGGAUCACGUGUGUCUACUGGAUUGCAUUGCUGUGGAUCUGCAGGAGAUGGAUUUAUUUGCUGCAGAGUGGCUGCCCUGCGAACUGUGGGACAGUGGAGUGAAGCGCAUAGACACAGACCUGGUUUUCCCCUCCUAUUCAGUGCACAGGACUGGAGGUAGCCUGCUGAAGGAGCGCUGCCACCUUAAACUUAAAGUGGAACGCAACCUGGACAGGGAGUUGAGUCAUGCAGUCCCAGACAUGUCCAUCCAUGGCAGCCUGUCUUCUGUACACUGUUCCUUGGCUCUGGAGAGGUACCAGCUGAUCCGUGGCUUGCUCGAACACAACCUGGGAGAACCUGUGGAGGAAUUCCUCAGACCUUACAACCUACAGGACCCCAGCACCUAUACGGUGCUGAGUGGUGAUGUAUAUACAGGUCUCUCUUUCUUAGUUGACAUGAAGAAUGUCAGUCUGGAGUUGCUAGAUGGCUCCAAAUCCUCUGGACAUAAGCAGUCUUUGGCCAGGUUCGACUUUAUGAAAUCCAAGUUGCUGUUUGAGAGUUUCUCUGACGGAUCCAAGUCUGUGAACCUGGUGUCUCAUUCGCUUUUGGCUUACGACACUCGUUAUAGUCGGUCCAACAAGGCCACAGAGAGAAAGCACAAUGUAUUUGACUGCAUUCUGCAGCCCUCUAGAACAGGCACCAAUCGAGCUUCCCUGCAACUGGAGCUACAUUACAGAUCUACCCGGGAUUCCUCAUGUUUCACUGUGGUGCUAAACAACCUGCGAGUGUUCUUGAUUUUUGACUGGCUUCAGCUAGUCAGGGAUUUUCUGCAUACGUCUGUGGAGAAGGGAGAAGCACCUACCCGCCAGCGCUGGCCCAGCAGCAGCAGUGACCCAGGCACGACAGGCGCUGUCAUGCCCAAAACUGUCAAGAGUGGAGUAGUUACAAAACGCUCCACUGUUCCUGUCACUCAGGACAGAUAUCUGGAGGUUAAACUUAAUGCAACAGGGACUGAGUUUGUGGUUGUGGAAGACUCGUCAUGUUCAGACACCAAUGCCAUCAUUCUGAAGGGCACUACUGUCCUCACCUACAAGCCUCGUCUUCUGGACAGACCAUUCUCUGGCAGUUUGGCUGGAAUUGAAGUGUAUUCCUGUCGGCUGGGCAGUGAGCAGGAGACGGCGCUGUCUAUUAUUGAUCCUGUCAAUGUGCAGGUUGAGCUCUGUGGCAGUCCUACCUAUCAGAGCAGCUCGGGCCUGCUGGAUGCCUUCAACAUAGAAGAUUUUCCUCCACUGCUAGAGAUCCACUUUCCUGCUCUGGAUAUCCGGCUGUCCUACAACGAUGUGCAGCUCUUUCUGGCUAUUGCUAAGUCCAUCCCCACUGGCUCCCCAAGUGUCACUGACCCUGCCUUUGCGUCCCAGGCAGUCCUGUCCACUGCAAGCCCAGAGACUUCCACCAAACCAAAAGACAGCUUCAGGCAUCGGACAGAAGCCCUAUUGGAAAGUCAGCUAACACGUCUUCAGGAUCUGGGAUUCAGGAGGGAAGAUUGCAGACGAGCUCUCAUUCAUUGCACAGGUCAGUUGGAUCAGGCUGCCACAUGGCUGCUAGAAAACGCAGAGGGCAUUUCUGGCAGGAGCGGAGCCGACUCUGAUUCCGGCUCCCACUCAUCUCCCCCAUUGUCUGGGGUGGAGGUCAAGGCUGAGAGUGUUUGCAUCUGCUUCAUUGAUGACUGCUUGGAUUGUGAUGUCCCCCUGGCUGAACUCACCUUCUCACGGCUGUCUGUGCUGCAGAGGAUUGGAUCUACACAGGAAGGAAAAGCUAGUUUCACUCUGUCUGGAGAUUACUACAACAGGGAGCUCUCAGGCUGGGAGCCAUUUAUCGAGCCCUGGCCCUGUGUCCUGAAUUGGCAGCAGCAAGCGGCAGGCCGGCUCCAUCCUUCUCGCCUGAAACUAGGGGUACAAGCCAAGGAGAGACUAGACAUGAACAUCACCUCCGUCUUACUCGACCAGUACAGCACCACCAAGACUUCGUGGUUAGCAGACUACUGUAAGGAAGACGAACAGUCGCCACAGUCCUCCGCCUCCGUGUCUUGGAUGGGUUCCUCCGUGGACCCCCCCACUUUUGGACAGAGUGUUCCUCUUGCUCACCUUAGAACUAGGAGCACUGCCAGCUUGACUUGCCUUGAGCAGCAGAUUUAUGCCCGAGCGGAAGUGAAGUUGUCUAAAAGGAGGCAGCCGUUCAUACCCUAUGCCCUGCGCAAUCAUACUGGCUGCACUAUGUGGUUUGCCACCCUAACCACCACCCCAACCAGGGUGGCACUGUCUCACAGCAGUAGUGCCGACUCUAUAUCAGAUGUGCAUGGGCCUGGGACAGAUGACACACACAACAUCAGUCAGUGGACAGAGGUGCUGCCAGGGCAGGAGAUUCCUUUUGAGUUUGAGGCCCGUGAGAAACUUAGGCACAGACACACCCAUGAACUAAAGCUGCACCAGCUCCUGGUACGUGUUGGAGGCUGGGAGCAGGUAAAGCCCGUCUCAGUUGAUAAGGUCGGUGUAUUCUUCCGCUAUGCUGCUCCUGAUCGCAACAACCCCUCCAACACGGUGGGUAGUCCAAUCAGCAGAACAAAUAUCAUACAUCCCCAUGUAUAUUUUUCAGCCUUGCCCCCGGUCCGAGUGGUGUUCUCCAUCACUAUGGAGGGUAGUGCACGCAAGGUAAUCACUGUACAGUCCGCUCUCAUGUUGAAAAAUCGCUUAGAAGUGCCCAUGGAGAUACGGCUAGACAGCCCUUCUGCUCCAGACAAGCCUGUUGUGCUUCCACCUAUCCUGCCUGGAGAAGCUUUGGCUAUCCCUCUUCACCUGACCUCAUGGAGACUGCAGGCUCGGCCUAAAGGCUUGGGACUGUUUUUCUGUAAGGUUCCCAUCCACUGGACCAGUGUGGAGCGUCCUGGCGAGGUCAGCAGCAGCAAGAGGGAGUGCCAGUCAGCUGACUUUGACGACCAACACAAACGUAGCUUCAGGUUUUGCGUGGUUAUCAAGAAGGAGAACUAUCCUGAUCAACAGCCGGCUAAAAUGGUCACUGGUAGUGCUAAGCAGAUUUACAGACAGCCAGGUCACACCAUCUACCUGUUACCCACCUUAGUGCUGACUAACCUGCUGCCCUGUGACCUCAACUACUACAUCAAAGGGACCUCAAUCAAGGGAAACAUCAAGCCAGGCAAAGAGGCAGUGCUCCAUGCUGCAGACACCACACAGAACAUAGAGUUAGGUGUUCUUCUGGAGAACUUCCCAGUGUGUAAGGAGCUGUUGAUUCCCUCUGGCACUCAGAACUACGUGGUGCGCAUGCGUCUGUAUGACACAAACAAGCGGCUGCUGUGUCUCACCAUCCGCAUCAUUCUUCGAGCAGAUGGGGCGCUCAAGAUCCUCAUCUCCGCCCCUUAUUGGCUCCUAAACAAGACGGGGCUGCCUCUGAUCUUCCGCCAGGACAACAGCAAAACAGAUGCUGCUGGGCAGUUCGAGGAGCAUGAGUUAGCCCGGAGCCUGAGUCCACUCCUUUUCUGCUACACAGACAAAGAACAGCCUUUAAUGUGCACUAUGCGUGUUGGGAAAGGGAUCCACCCAGAUGGUGUUCCAGGCUGGUGUCAGGGUUUCUCACUAGAUGGUGGAAGUGGAGUCCGAGCAGUUAAAGUAAUCCAACCUGGGAACAGACCGGGGCUCAUCUAUAAUAUAGGAAUUAAUGUCCGAAAAGGGAAGGGACGCUACCAGGACACCCACAUUGUGACUUUUGCACCUCGCUAUCUGCUUGACAAUCAAUCUUCGCACAAGCUGGCUUUCUCCCAAAGAGAGUUUGCUAGAGGAAAGGGCACAGCAAAUCCCGAGGGCUAUAUCUCCACUCUGCCAGGCUCUAGUGUGGUGUUCCACUGGCCCAGGAAUGACUACGACCAACUCCUUUGUGUCCGACUCAUGGACGUACCCAACUGCACCUGGUCUGGAGGAUUUGAAGUCAACAAACCCAAAUCAUUCCAUGUCAAUAUGAGGGACACAUUGGGUACAUGCUACUUUCUCCUUGCUGAAAUUGCCUUGAAAGGAGCGACCUAUCAUAUUUCAUUUAGUGACACAGACCAGCUGCCUUCACCUUUCCGCAUAGACAACAUGUCAGAGGUGCCAAUCCAGUUUUGGCAGUACGAAGUGCCAGAUAUCAGACUGCACACCGAAGUGAAACCUGGAGCGGUACAGGACUAUGCCUGUGAUGAGCCCAUUCUUCCUCCUUACCUUACACUGACUGUAAAAGGAGCUGGCUCCUCUGAGGUCACUGCUGACAUGAACUGCUUUAGAGAGUACAACAAACUCUACUAUGAGAACUUCAUUUAUAUCGCUGCAACUUUCACAUUCUCUCAGGAUGCAAGUAAAAGACCAGGAGCGAUGAUGCAUGAUGUCAGCUGUGCUGAACUAGUGCUCGAUGUUGAGACAAAGACACAGAGAGUCAUACUAAAGAAAAAGGAGCCAGGAAAGCGCUCUCAGCUGUGGAGAAUGAGUGGAAAAGGAAUGCUUUGUCAUGAGGGGUCCUCUCCCCCUCAGAGUAAACCUGCCCAACCCCGACCUCUUGACUACUAUAUGGUGCUGGACAUCGCUGGGCUUGCUGCAGUCACAGACAACAGCUACGAGCCAUUGAUGCUGAAGCGGCCAGAUCCUCGCCGCAGUACUACCCAGACAUGGCACUUUUGCUCUGGCAUGCUGACUUGUGGUUUACCCAGACUUGUGGUGCAGGUGAAUGGAGGAGUCUCAGGUCUGUAUGAUGGUGCAGAGGUGGUGCUCGGGCCGGAUUCGGGACUGCUUGAUAAGCCCCCAGAACAGCAGUUUAUUAAUCAGAAGAUGAGGCCUGGCUCAGGGGUGCUGUCUGUGCAGGUCCUCCCUGAUGGACCCACUCGUGUAUUGCAGAUCAGUGACUUCAAUCAGCGGCGAAUAAAUAGAACAUCUCCCAGCACAGAGGAGAACCAGAACAAGGAGAACACACAGGAAAAGGAUACAGAGGAGGAACUUGAGGUCCUGAUAAACUUGGAGGAUGGAGUAGGUCUGUCUCUUGUAAACAAGGUGCCUGAGGAGCUGGUGUUUGCCACACUAUCUGGCAUCAGUCUGCACUUUACACGCACUGCUGCCAGCCAGGUCCUGGAGCUCAGUGUGAAGACAAUCCAGGUGGAUAACCAGCUCCUGGGCACCACACAGCCAGUGAUGCUGUGUUUAACUCCCAACUCCACUGAUAGCAGUGUAGUAGUGGAUUCUGGACCUGCUCUGCAAGUCAAUGCUGUCAAAGUGCCCAGCAGUCUCAUGCUUACAGAGCUCUUCAAGCAUCUUAUGGUCACUGCUCGGCGCUUCACUGUCAUCAUAGAAGAGAAACUCUUGCUCAAGCUGCUGGCAUUCUUUGGCUAUGGGAAAACAGAAGGAGAGGUCGAGAAGUUGGAUGAGAACCUGUAUGAGAAGCCCAGUGAGGAAGCAGGACCUCAAAAACGCUAUUACUUUGAGAACCUGAAGAUCAGUCUCCCCCAGGUUAAACUAAGUGUCUUCACUUCACACAAGCUGCCUCCAGACCUGAAGACUCUAAAGAGAACUCUGGGAAUCCCACUCAUCAGAUUUGAGGAUGCAGUCAUUAAUAUGUAUCCCUUCACUCGGGUCCACCCAUACGAAACCCAGGAGAUUAUCAUCAAUGACAUACUCAAGCACUUCAGAGAGGAGCUGAUAAGCCAGGCUGCUCAGAUACUGGGCUCAGUGGACUUCUUGGGCAAUCCCAUGGGCUUGCUAAAUGAUGUCACAGAGGGCAUGUCCGAACUCAUCAAGUAUGGAAACGUAGGAGGCCUGAUCCGCAAUGUAACACAUGGGGUCUCCAACUCAGCAGCUAAGUUUGCUGGUACCCUUUCAGAUGGACUUGGGAAGACCAUGGACCAUCGGCACCAGAGCGAGCGAGAGUACAUUCGUUAUCAUGGCGCGACCAGCGGGGAGCACUUAGUGGCAGGCAUUCAUGGGCUUGCUCAUGGUAUUAUUGGUGGCUUGACUAGUGUGAUCACAUCCACCGUGGAAGGAGUGAAGACGGAGGGUGGCGUAACCGGCUUUUUCUCGGGUCUAGGCAAGGGCCUGGUUGGGACAGUGACCAAGCCAGUGGCAGGGGCAUUAGAUUUUGCCUCAGAGACAGCACAGACCGUUAGAGACAUGGCCAGUCUGAGCAACCACAGGCUGAGUGUACAGCGGGUGAGAAAACCCCGCUGCUGUAAGGGCCCUCAGGGUCUGCUGCCCCGCUUCUCCGCCAAGCAGGCCGAUGGACAGGAGCAACUCUUUCACCUCACAGAUAACAUCCACUCUGAAUACUUCAUUGCUGUGGAGCCCAUAGACACCUACUGUGUGCUCAUCUCCUCUAAAGUCGUAUACUUCAUUAAGCCUGGGGAAUAUGUGGAUCGGGAAGCCAUUUUCCUGGAGGUAAAAUAUGAUGAUCUUUACCACUGCCUGGUCUCCAAAGAUCACGGAAAAGUGUAUGUUCAGCUCACCAAGAAAGCUGAAAGCACUAGUAGCGGGGUAGCCAUUCCUGGCCCAUCACAUCAAAAGCCCAUGGUUCACGUAUGUAGUGAGAGCCUGGCAGUGAAGAUCUCGCAAGAAGUCAACUAUGCCAAGAGCCUUUACUAUGAGCAGCAGCUCAUGCUACCACCCAGUGAGAACGAGGAUAGUUUACUACUGGACUCCUGAUGAAAUUAACUUGCAUUUGGUAGAUGUCUGUUUAUUUUUCUUGCACUGUUUUUAAGGCAUACAUGAGGAAUGAGUAUGCACAUUUAGGCAGACAUGCUCUCACUAUAGGGUUUGUGUCAUGUCUACUGUAAUAAUUCACCAUCAAGCACAUUUAACUAGAAAAUAUGCAAGAUUUUACUUCUCUGUUAAACAUAGAAGAUUGUUAUUUUGUUUUACAGUAACAACAAAUCUUGUAUAUGUUUGUUUAUAGGGCAGUUAUGGCCAGUAUGACACUAUUGUCCUGUACAUAUUGUGGAGAAAUUUGAGAGACAAGAUUAAUGUACAAAACUGCCUUUAAAAUAGUUUUCUAUAUAAGUGAGAGAAUUGUGUGGAUGUGGAAAUUGCACUGAUGUAGAUGUAAGAAACUGCUGCUGCCCUCAUUGAUUACUGUAGCAUAAGUAUAGUUUUAUAUUUGAUAUAUAUAUAUAUAUAUAUAUAUAUAUACACACACACACACACACACACACACACACACACACACACACUGUUAACAGCUACAGGGAAGUGUAAAUAAUAUCUUGCUGCACAUUUACCACUCAUUAUGUCGAAGAGCCCUGACAAGGAAACCUUUCGAAUUUUAUUUAUUUAUAUCACUUUUCUUUCUAUAACCUAUUUUCUGUGAUCAUGGCAUUUGAAAAAAUUAAAUCUUGUAACUCUUCAGUAAUAAUAUAUAUAUUUGACACGCAAACCAUGCACCAAAGUCUGUAGCACAGAAUGUUAUGAGACUCAAUAAUCUAUUAAUCACUACACUAAUACUUUGACAUUUGGCCUGGACAUGAAAUGCAUUGCUUUUGUUACAAAUAAAUUAUUGUUAAUCUGCAGAGGUUGCAAGUGCAAGAUUGUGCAAGCUGUGGUGCCUUUUUUUGUUGCAGGUGUUUUUUUUUCUCCCUUAAUUGUUAGAUCUUCCUUUGUUUUACAUCAUACCUUAUUAUUUAUACCUCUGAUUGAUUCUGAUUUUCAAUUAUCCAUUGUCUACCACUACAAUUUAUUUGUGUAGCAGCCUGGGAAAACCAUUCACACAUCAAAUUUUCAACAAUGUGAAAUUCUGAAAAGUGCAAGUUUUUCUUAAUUGAAAUGUGUAUUUCUUUUAUACAUCUUAACCGCAAGUAAAGUUUUCAAUUCUGGUUAGGCACAAGAUUCAGUUCCAGUUUCACAUAAGGCACACCAGUGCAUUCAUUGUCUAAAAGCAAUUACUGAUUUCAUUUGCAUUUAAUUUAAUGUGCAAUAAAUAAGAUAUACAAAUUAUAAUAUAUUAUCUAUUACAUGUUUUAUCACAUAAAACCACCUUGAUCAUUUCCCUUCAAAUUGGCUAAAAUUGUUGGCUAAAAGUUGGAUAAAAUUUUAUUAGGCAAUUUAAAUUUGUUGUCCAUUUUCAUAGAGCGUGUAAGUGCUCUUCUCUGUUUUGAUGAUGAUGUGAAGGUGCAUCAGUGUUGCAGCCAUUUUGACAGCAGGAACCUGUUUACAAACUAAUUUUAUUAGACUUGUGUACAUUUUGCUACAGCACAUAAUGAAGCAUCCAGCGACCUGAUCAAAGCAUGACCUCCGUGCUGUGUGAGGAAAUCACACUUAGCUAGCAAGGUUUUAGACAUCUUUAGGUAGACUGACUGCAUUUAUUUCUGUGUUUGUUAAACUGGCUCCUUACCCAAAAUGAUCUUUAUAGAAAACCUAGGCAAGAAUAUAAAGUAAAUAGCAAUAUUUCCAUGAUGUUUUGGUGAAAUAUAUUUGUUUUCUUAAAUAGAAGAUACAUCAAAGUAUAUCAUUGGCCGUUUUCUAGAAUUCAGGCCCUGCGAUAUCCGAUGGGUUUUCCCAGACCACCACACACAUCAAAAAAAUUUGUAAUUUACUGAUGAUUUUUUUUUAAAAUUUCAUAUUUUAUUUCUGCACAUUGUUUUAAUUUCUAAUUGUAUCAUACCACUGCUAUUAAAAUCAUUUCAAUUACACUGAUCUAUGCAUAUACGUACGUUAAGUUUACAAGUUAGUAAUUGUAUGUUAACAGGUUUACAAACGACCAAAGACAAGACUUUGAAAUGAAUUAAUUCAUCCUUCUCUCUUUUACUCAUGAUAGCCUAGCCAUCUACCGACUACUCCAAAUGUAGAAGAAUGUCAGGUUUGAGUGAGUUGUUUUUCCUCAUGUUGUGAUAAAUUAAUAGGAAUUUCUCUUAUGCGUACUUUAGUCAGCUUGAACACUAUUCCAGUAACAAACUCAACAAAUUUGAAGGGUGUUUUAUUUACAUUUAGUAGUAUUGUAGACUUUCCCUACAUAAGUGAGUGGACUAAGAGGAUACAUGUGAUGUAUCAGUUCAGUGCAGCAGUGUGAAAUGAUGGUAGGAAAAGACAACUGCCCAGAAAUGUCAGGUGAAUCACAGAUUGUAUAAAUCUCAUAUUGUUUUAAGUGUAUAUAUUGUAAAGCCUAAUAAAACUUGUGGUUUUUAGAUUCAAA